GAUUCCGUCUUGUUUUUCCCGAACAGAUGCGAUCAGAUUGAAGCUAUAGCACGAUAAUCUAUAUCUGGGAUAUCAAAGUCACGAGAGACAUUCUGACAAAGCCUACAAUCCCACAGAGCUCUUGGAUCCGUCGAACUCUCCCAGCUUCGCCUUCGUGGUAACUAGCCUCUUAUCCCACAUAUUCACUUGGAACUCUCUCAGCAAUGGCCACCGUCGUAUUGAAAAGAACUGGUCAAAAGAUGCCACUGGUUGGCUUUGGACUCUGGAAGGUGACCAAGGCGACCUGUGCAGAUACUGUCUACAAUGCCAUCAAGGCAGGUUAUCGUCUUUUCGACGGUGCAGGUGAUUACGGAAAUGAGAAGGAGGCUGGCGAAGGUGUUCGUCGUGCUUUGCAGGAUGGUCUCGUAAAACGAGAGGAUUUAUUUAUCACUUCAAAGCUUUGGAACACCUUCCAUGCGCAUGACCAUGUCAAAAGUCUCGCAAAGAUGCAGCUCGGUCUAUGGGGCAUUGAUUACUUUGACCUCUUCCUGGUUCAUUUCCCUAUCUCCUUGAAAUACGUUGAUCCUUCUCACCGCUACCCACCCGAGUGGUUCGGUGACGACGGAAAGGUAUACCUCCAAAAUACUCCCAUGCAAGAGACAUGGGGCGCAAUGGAGGAGCUCGUUGACGAAGGUGUGGCUAAGAACAUUGGUCUUAGCAAUUGUCAAGGAUCUCUUAUCCUUGACGUCCUUCGUUAUGCGAAGUACGAGCCGCAGGUGCUCCAGGUUGAACUGCACCCAUACUUGACCCAAGAUGCCCUGGUGGAUCUGUCGAAGACCCUGGGCAUUGCUGUUACGGCUUAUUCAUCGUUCGGGCCUCAAAGUUACGUUGAGUUGGGUAUCGACAAGGGCAUCCCAAGUCUUCUCCAACACAACUCCGUUGAAGCACUUGCAACCAAAUAUAAAAAAUCGACUGCGCAGGUCCUGCUUCGGUGGGCCACUCAACGUGGUAUUGCUGUCAUUCCAAAAAGUAACAACCUGGACCGAUUGGUGGCCAACCUGCAAUGCAACUCCUUUGAUCUUACCGAUCAGGAGCUUAGGGCGAUCAGCUCUUUGAACGUGAAUCUGAGGUUGAAUGACCCUGCUGCGAUCGACCCUCGCAUUUCCAUCUUUGCUUGAUGUGUGAGUGAACAUGUACGAGUGGGUGAUGACGCGAAUGAAUUGUAAAUGUAUUUCCUCUUGCAACUGGCGACGAGUGUUUUUUGCCAUGCCAAUACAACGAUCCUGUUACACCAAUGCAACCGUCGUUGUAGUAGAACAAAACUAUGACUCGGAUUCCUUGU